AUGACCGGCAUCUUGAAGCAAGAAGAGGUUCACAAGCUUGCAUCUGGCCUCUGGGCAUGGUGUCUUAGAUACCGUUCUUUGCAGGGCCACUUGAUCAGGAGUAUUCGGGCGGCAGUUGAAAGCGGUCCUUAUGUCAAGGCCCUGCCACGUCCCGACGCUGCAGAGACUUUUCAGGGCCUAGUCAACAACAAUCUGCUUCUUGGUUUGUCAGUGCUGGAGAGGCAAUUGAAGCAAAACAAGCAGUUGCGUACAACGGUCAACAAGCAGGCCAAAGAAGAGGCUAUGAAGCAGAAGUGGGUCCUCAGGCUUGCGGCCUACUUGGUAGCAGCAGGAUUGCCGUCAGUUUCUCGGAUUCAGGCCAUGGAUGAUCCGGCAGCGGCUUGGAUGCGGGCCUUCGGUAGCAGGCGCGGCAGUACUUUGAAGAAUCGGGCUCUGGCGUGGGAGCCAUUCUUCAGAUGGCUUGAGCAAGCCGAGGGGCGUGCUUGGCCAUCAGGGGCUAACUCGGUCCUACAAUAUCUGCAAGAGCGCUUCGAUGGGGGCAC